CAGAGGCCUCAGUGUUGUCACUGCGCACACAGAGACUUAUCAUCAUGGGAAAGCAGAACAGCAAGCUCAGGCCAGAGAUGCUACAGGACCUGAGGGAGAACACAGAGUUCACUGACCAUGAGUUGCAGGAGUGGUACAAGGGGUUCCUGAAAGACUGCCCCAGUGGGCAUUUGAAUGUUGAGGAGUUUAAGAAGAUCUAUGCCAACUUCUUCCCAUAUGGAGAUGCCUCUAAGUUCGCUGAGCAUGUCUUCCGUACAUUUGACACCAACAAUGAUGGGACCAUUGACUUCCGGGAGUUCAUCAUUGCUCUGAGUGUGACAUCGCGGGGGAAACUGGAGCAAAAGCUAAAGUGGGCGUUCAGCAUGUACGACUUGGAUGGCAAUGGUUACAUCAGCCGUGAGGAAAUGCUAGAGAUUGUGCAGGCCAUUUAUAAGAUGGUGUCAUCAGUGAUGAAAAUGCCUGAGGAUGAAUCCACGCCAGAGAAGAGAACAGACAAGAUCUUCAGACAAAUGGACCUGAACAAUGACGGCAAGUUGUCUUUGGAAGAGUUCAUAAAAGGUGCCAAAAGUGACCCCUCCAUUGUGCGGCUACUGCAGUGUGACCCAAGCAGUGCCUCGCAGUUUUGAGUCUCUUCAGACAACCGGCACUCAAUGCAUGAAAGCUCUCGUCUGUCAUUCUUUGUGUUUCAAAUGGAAGAGUUUUAAAAGUGCAACAAUUUUACUUUCAGUUUUCCCAGAAAGGACAUGCAUAUAUCUGAAGAACAAAGACAACACCUGCCAAGAUGUCCUGUGUCUGCUGCGUGUCACCUAUCCUUGUCUCUGCAGAAGCUGAAGCUGGUGGAGAUCUCAACUCCAAAAAAUCAGCGGCCGAUUGUGAUCAAGGGUUGAAAUUUUGCAAGAGAAUGUUCCUGUUUAGGAAUCGUGCAUGCGCUCCCACAUUCCUUAAUCCCUCUUGUGUUUAAUAUCUGUGCGGUUCUUGGUUUUGUUUCUUUCCUGCUUUGUUUUGUGAGGGCACAGUUCCCCAUCUACUUUUUAUAUUGAUAUUUAUGUGUAUAUACAGUAUACAUACAUAUAGAAACAUGUUACAACUACAAAUGAAGGCAAUUAUAGACGUAUUUUUACUCACUUGCAUCUUACAGCAGUAUUAUGUAGCUUUAUCCAAAACUUUGCCUCCAAUUGACCAAGUGGACUGAUGGAUUGAAUGUUUGAAUUUUUCUGCUCCGGCGCUCAUGAUCUUUAUUUUACGAAGAGAAGGCUGUGGAUCCCAUUCUUUUCUUUUUUUUUUUUUCUGUUAAAUUGUUUGUUUGUUGUUGUUGUAAAUAUGUGGUUUGCAUCCAUAUUUUUCUUUAUUUAUUUUUGCAUUUUUAUGGUUAUUUUAUCAAGGGUGAUUUUAUUACUGUUGAACCAGAAAUAUGAUACACUUGGUGAUAUAUUAUGCUGUUUCAAGUAAGAUGUUAUUAAUUCAAGGCUUUUCGGUGCAUUGCAGGAAAUAUUUGCAUCAGGGGAUACAUUCCAUUGUGUUUUGAAUCCAAGACACUGGUAGCACAUAUCAUUUAAAGCGCUUCAUCUGUGUGCAUGCGGUUAUGCGUGUUUGUUUGAACGCAAGAGUGAAGGUUUGCAUGUUAUCGGUGUAUGUGUGUGUCUGUGCUAACUUUAUAGUAUUACUUUGUGUAGUUCAAAACAUUUGUAUGCAACAGUACGUUUUUGAAACCCCCACCUUGAAGCAGCGAACUAGUGACACUUUUAUCCUGCAUCAUAUGGUACUCAAAAUCCCAGUCUUUUAGGGUACUGUCAAAAGUGCUCCAUUAACAACAUAGACAGGAAUGUACAACACUAUGAUUUAUGAUCAUGUUUCACCUAUAGAUUAACAGCCUCAUUGUUUUCAUCUACAGUAAUAGAGAGUUUGGAUACUGAAAGCGAUCACUAAGGGCUUAUUUCCUCUCUUGAAUGAACAAAUGUCAAGAAAAUGCCACUGCUUUGAUUUUCUUUUCGGUUUAUGCAACGACUGACAUUCCUUGACCUGAAUUCAACAGGUGCUCCUGCUUUGUAUUAACACAGUGAUAGAGCUUUGAUGAUAUUUGCUCAUUAACUCGAUACAUGCCCACUAUCUGUUUAGCUCUCACAUUGCUGGCAUCCAUGUUGCUUCCAUAUUUGUACCGAGAACAUGUUUGAUGCUGCACCCUCUAUGGCAACUUUCCUCUACUAUGUUGCAUGAAAACCUCAUGCGAGGACAUAAUGAUUGUCCCUGUUUACUGACACUGAAAACAAAUAUAAUUAUGUGUUUAAAAUGUUGCCUGCGAGUGAUUUUUGAAGAACCGAAAUGUGCAUAACACCUUAAGCAUGAUUACUAACGACCCUAUUGUAACACUAUUGUGUCAGUAACGUUCAAUCAGCAGAAAUAUUUAUACUAUUGAGUAAAGUAGAAAUAUUCAAAAAUGUUACACAAGUAUAGUAACAAACUAUUUGUUCUUCAUUACGAUACACCCCUCUCUCUCACACACACAUGCAAACACUUACAUAGCCACAUAAACACAACAUAAAUCAAAAG